CAAAACUUCUGUCUUCCUUUCUUUCAUCAAAAGACGAGAGAAAAGGACAAAACUUUAAAAGGAAUCCUCACCUCAAUUCGAGAAACCACGAAAGGGUUUUGCUUUGAUUCAGUUCUUGUUCUCGAAAGUCUUCUCCUUUGUUAGCUUUUUUGGACAAUACUUUGGUUCUUUGGUCUGAAGCAAUGCAGUUAUAUCAUCAUCCUUACUCGCUAGACAGCCAAAGAGUAAGACUAGCUUUGGAAGAGAAAGGCAUUGAUUACACAUCAUACCAUGUGAAUCCCAUCACAGGCAAGCACAUGGACUCUUCCUUUUUCAGGAUGAAUCCUAACGCCAAACUUCCUGUUUUCAGGAACGGUUCUCACAUCAUUUUGGACACUAUUGAGAUCAUAGAGUACUUGGAGAGAAUAGCUGAGGUUUCUUCAGGUGUAGAAGAUGCUACUUUUGGUAGAGAAGUUCUUGAAUGGAUGCGGAAGAUUAGAGAAUGGGACCCCAAGCUGUUCACACUUGCUCACAUUCCUGAUAAUCGUCGCCUCUAUGUUUCCAAGUUCUUGAGGAUGGUUAUGAUUGCAAGGAUGGCUGAGUCUCCAGACUUGGCUAGUGCUUACCAUAGGAAGCUAAGGGAAGCUUACGACACAGAAGACAAACUAAAAGACCCUGAAGCCUUGAGGAGAAGCAAAGAACAUUUGCUUAGGCUUCUUGAUGAGGUUGAGACUAAGCUAGAGGGGACUAAUUAUGUAGCAGGGAAUGAGUUUAGUAUGGCUGAUGUGAUGCUAGUGCCUGUGCUUGCUAGGUUGUCUCUAUUGGAUUUGGAAGAAGAGUAUAUAAGUAGCAGGAAUAAUCUUGCUGAGUAUUGGGUGGUUGUGAGGAGUAGACCAAGCUACAAGAAGGUGAUUGGAAGGUACUUUAAUGGAUGGAGAAAAUAUGCAACACUUUUAAAGACUUGGAUGUUUGUUAGAGUCAGAAGUUUGCUCAGAAAAUAUUGAAUUUGUCAAAAAGAUUUGGUUUCUUUUGUCAUGUUUUAUUUUCCUACUUUGAAUGUUCAUUUUACAAAACAUUGUAAAGUUGAGAAAAGUUUGUACCAAAAAUAUUUUAUUUAAGAAAGUUUGUAAUGUGAAUAAAGAAUGUGAUUUGCUCUUACAUUGAGAAAUGUAACUUUUAAUCAUGGAUGAAGUUUUUUUAAUGCUUAUGGUCAUAAACGAAAGAAUUUAGAAUAUAUAGAAAAGGGGAAGUAAAGCACAUGAUUCCCCUGAAGAGGACUUUCUUUCCUAUGAGGCCAAAGUAACCAAUCAAUCACUGUAAUUCUCAUUCAAGAGCUGAAUUGUUUCAGCUUUCAUGGACUGUGUACUUUUCUAAAGUUAAGAAUUUCUUGAUUGCUGCUCUUCUCUAAAGCUAGAUUCCCCAGGUAUGGGGCUGUUUGCUGUUUUCACCCACCCGUUGUUCCGUAUCCAUGGAGGAACGUUCUGUUUCUGUUGCCGAAAGUAACUUGUUCCUAUAUCAGAUGAAAACUCUCUCUUCCGGUUUGGAGAAGCCGAGACAGUCCCUGUGACACCUGAGAUGUUCCAACCGGAAUGUUUGGGCUCAUUGGAGCAAGAGACUGUUCCAUUUCUCUUAGAGAAAAAUUCACCAUGAGGAACAGGUGGUAGAGGUGGAAAAGGAGAGAACGGCACCCCAGGAGCAACAGACCAGCUAUUGGGGUCGUCUUUGCAGGGUGAACCACAUUGAUGGACGAUGCUAAGCGGGAUUCCAUAGGAGACUGUUAAUCGAGAAAGGAACUUUGCUUGUGGCUGUGCGGUAACUGCGUUAGGCGCAUCCGUGCGAGGUGAUGAAAACCCGGGUGGAAGGUCGUCUUGGACAUCAUUAGUUCUUUGCUCUUUUGACGUAGACGGCUGGUCCCAUCUGCUUUUACGCUUGCGUCCAUUUGUCUCGGGAAGGCUGGAGGAAGUAGGUUGUAUACAGCCGUCAGAUACAGAAGGUGUUUCAGGCGUUGCAGCC